AUGCGCACGUGUUACUUCUCCCGUACCUCCCACCCUUCUCUGUCCCGCAAUCUUCCUCAGGAUGUGCUGGGAGGAUGGGCAGGGACGCUGUUUGGAGUGGCGCUGCUGGCAGCAGGGCAGAGCAGCACAGUCACAGGGACGUACGCCGGGCAAUACGUGAUGCAGGGCUUCAUCGAGCUCCGUAUAAGCACAUGGCUGCGCAACCUCAUCACGCGCCUCAUAGCCAUCGUGCCGGCGCUACUAGUGGCUCUUCUCUUCGGGGCCAACGGGGCCAGCCUCCUCAUCAUCCUCUGCUCGAUUGUGUCAUCCUUCGGGCUGCCUUUCGCCCUGAUUCCCCUGCUCAAGUUCACCAGCACUACUCUCAAGAUGGGCAUGUUCGCUACACAUGCGUGGGUAAGACAGACUUGUGCCCUCCUUAAGGCGCCACAACAUUCCAUUCCCCUUCGCCCUGGUCCCCCUGCUCAAGUUCACCAGCACCACUCUUAA